CAGGUUAAAAACAUGAAGGAUGAUAUGAUGGACAGGUUCGCUAGUAUCCGUAUCCCGGGCAGUAAGAAGGAGCGUCCUCACCUCCCUCACGUCAAACACUCCUCCUCGUCUGAAUGGUCUUCCUCCGCCGCUGAGUUUGAGGACCUGUCCUCCAAGAUCACCUCAGAACAGGAGAUACUGGGCCUCUUCGAGAAGAUGAUGGAGGAUAUGAACCUGAAUGAUGACAAGAAGGCUCCUCUGAGAGAGAAAGAUCUGACCACCAAGAGAGAGAUGGUUAUCCAGUACAUUGUUACUGCCUCCAAAACAGGCAGUGUGUGUAGCAGUCAUCAGAUCUCCCCUCAGGAGUUCCUGGGGGAGUUAAAGUCAGGGGUGACUGACGAACGCCUCAUGGCCUGUCUGGACUCUCUCCGUGUCUCCCUCACCAGCAACCCUGUCAGCUGGGUGCAGAGUUUUGGCCACGAGGGUCUGGGACUGCUGCUAGACAUUCUGGAGAAGCUGCUCCACAAGAAACACCAGGAUAAACCUGACAAGAAGAGCCAGCAUAAAGUCAUCCAGUAAUGUAUCUAAUCCUUCAUGAACAACAAGUAUGGGUUGGAGCGUAUCCUGUCAGAGGAGAAGUGUCUGACCCUGUUGGCCCGAGCCAUCGACCCCACCCAGCCCGCCAUGAUGACCGACGUGGUCAAGCUGCUGUCAGCCAUCUGCAUUGUGGGCGAGGAGAACACUUUGGAGAAGGUCCUUGAAGCCGUCACCACAGCAGGAGAACACAGGGCCACGGAGAGGUUCAGUCCAAUCGUAGAAGGACUCAGAGAUCGCUCCGUCCAAUUACAAGUGGCCUGCAUGCAGCUCAUCAAUGCUCUGGUGACGUCUCCAGACGAGCUGGACUUCAGGCUUCACAUCAGGAAUGAGUUUAUUCGCUCCGGCCUCAGAGAGAUUUUACCGCAUCUGACAACGAUCAGGAACGAUGCUCUGGACAUUCAGCUCAAGGUGUUUGAGGAGCACAAGGAAGAGGAUCUGAUGGAGCUCAGUCACCGGCUGGAGGACAUGAAGAGUGAACUGGAUGAUGUGGGAGACGUGUUCAACGUGGUUCAUAGUAUGGUGAAGGACACAGGGGCAGAGGUCUAUUUCCUCUCCAUCCUACAACACCUCAUGCUCAUCCGGAACGACUACUUUGUCCGGCCGCAGUAUUUUAAGAUCAUAGAAGAGUGUUUAUCUCAGAUCGUUCUCCAUCGCAGUGGGACCGACCCAGACUUCAGCUACCGAAAACGCCUUGAUGUGGACUUCAGUGUCCUCCUGGACGUGUGUGUGGAUAAGGCUCAGCUAGAAGAGUGUGAGCUGAGAGCUGCUGACUUGGCUCUGAAGAAACCAAACCGUCCUGCGCCAUCGUGCCCCAUCGUGCCCCAUCGUGCCCCAUCGUGCCCCAUCGUGCCCCAUCGUGCUCCAUCGUGCCCCAUCGUGCCCCAUCGUGCCCCAUCGUGCCCCAUCGUGCCCCAUCGUGCUCCAUCGUGCCCCAUCGUGCUCCAUCGUGCCCCAUCGUGCUCCAUCGUGCCCCAUCGUGCUCCAUCGUGCUCCAUCGUGCCCCAUCGUGCCCCAUGGUGCCCCAUCGUGCUCCAUCGUGCCCCCAUCGUGCUCCAUCGUGCCCCAUCGUGCCCCAUCGUGCCCCAUCGUGCCCCAUCGUGCUCCAUCGUGCUCCAUCGUGCUCCAUCGUGCCCCAUCGUGCUCCAUCGUGCCCCAUCGUGCCCCAUCGUGCCCCAUCGUGCUCCAUCGUGCCCCAUCGUGUAUACAUGCUGCGGCCCACCUCCCCCGCCAGGAGUGCCUCCCCCGUUCGGUUGCCCCCCUCCCCCUCCUCCUCCACCGGGGUUCUGUGGGCUGGGCUCGCCUACCCACAACACCUUGCCUUUCGGACUCCGGCCCAAGAAGCAGUUCAAGCUUGAGACUUCCAUGAAGCGCCUCAACUGGUCCAAGAUCCGCCCCCAGGAGAUGUCCGAGAGCUGUUUCUGGGUGGUGGCUAACGAGGAUCGCUAUGACAACCCGGACCUGCUCAACAGACUGGCGCACACCUUUGGCUCCUACAGACCAGCCGUCCAGGAUGAACAGGGUCUGGAAGCAAAGAGAUCCAUCAAGAAGAGGAUUAAACAGCUGAAGGUGCUGGACCCAAAGAUCGCCCAGAACCUCUCUAUCUUCCUGGGGUCCUUCAGGAUGCCUUACCAGGAGAUCAGACGGGCCAUCCUAGAGGUCGACGAGGAACAGCUCACUGAACCCAUGAUACAGAACUUGGUUAAACACCUUCCUGAACAGGAGCAGCUGAAUGCUUUGAUGAAGUUUCAGAAUGACUACAACAGUCUGUCUGAGCCUGAGCAGUUUGGAGUGGUGAUGAGCAGUGUGAAGCGACUGCGGCCCCGUCUCAACUCCAUCCUGUUUAAGCUGCAGUUUGAUGAACAGGUCAACAACCUCCGUCCAGACAUCAUGGCUGUUAACGCAGCCUGUGAAGAGGUGAGGAAGAGCAAGGGGUUCAGCCGGCUGCUGGAGCUGGUUCUUCUGCUGGGCAACUACAUGAACGCAGGCUCUCGCAACGCACAGAGCUACGGCUUUGACCUCGGUUCCCUCUGCAAGCUGAAGGACACAAAGUCAGCUGACCAGAAGUCAACGUUACUCCACUUCCUGGCUGCGGUGUGUGAGGAGGAGUUCCCAGAGGUCACCAAGUUCUCCGACGACCUGCAGCACGUUGACAGAGCCAGCCGAGUCUCAGCGGAGUCCCUGGAGAAGAACCUAGUUCAGAUGGAGAGACAGCUGGUUCAACUAGAGAGAGAUCUGGACACCUUCUCCUCUCCUGACGACUCUGAAGAUCUCUUCACUGCCAAGAUGUCUAGCUUCUCCACGUCGGCCAGAGAGCAGUACCAGAAGCUGCUGAUCAUGCACGGCACCAUGGGAACCCUCUACCAGAACAUGCUGGACUACUUCGCUAUGGACUCCAAGAAGACCUCCGUCGAGGAGCUAUUCACAGACCUCAGCAACUUCAGAACCAUGUUCCUGCAAGCGCUGAAGGAGAACGUGAGGAGGAGAGAGGCAGAGGAGAAACAGAGGAGAGCGUGGGUGGCCAAGGAGAAGGCGGAGAGAGAGAAGCAGGAGAGACAGCAACAGAAGAAGAGGAGACUGCUGGAGGUCAACGCAGAUCAGGAUAGAGAUUUGACAGGCGCCUGCACCACAAAAGAUCGACGCUGUUCCCAGAUCAGUAAUAUCAGACGCUGUUCCCAGAUCAGUAAUAUCAGACGUUGUUCCCAGAUCAGACGCUGUUCCCAGAUCAGACGCUGUUCCCAGAUCAGUAAUAUCAGACGCUGUUCCCAGAUCAGACGCUGUUCCCAGAUCAGACGCUGUUCCCAGAUCAGACGCUGUUCCCAGAUCAGACGCUGUUCCCAGAUCAGACGCUGUUCCCAGAUCAGACGCUGUUCCCAGAUCAGUAACAUCAGUCACUGUUCCCAGAUCAGACACUGUUCCCAGAUCAGACGCUGUUCCCAGAUCAGAUGCUGUUCCCAGAUCAGUAACAUCAGACGCUGUUCCCAGAUCAGACGCUGUUCCCAGAUCAGUAACAUCAGACGCUGUUCCCAGAUCAGUAACAUCAGACGCUGUUCCCAGAUCAGACGCUGUUCCCAGAUCAGUAACAUCAGACGCUGUUCCCAGAUCAGUAACAUCAGACGCUGUUCCCAGAUGAGACGCUGUUCCCAGAUCAGAUCUAGUUCUGCUGUGCGUUCUGGGUAA